GGUAGAAACACGGAAGUGACAAUAUUUCGAUUCGAAUUUUUAUUAUCUAUUGAUAUAUCUUGAUUAAGAAGUGAAAUCACGUACAUCUAUGCUUUCAAACAGUGAGAUAAACCUAGAUUCUCACCAAAAUUGUAAAAAGAUUACUGGAAUAUCUUAGAGAAUGACAAUGCCAGAGAAUGUUGCCUCGGAAUACCACGAGGUAUGUGGAGAGCUGGACAACAUUACAUUAAAGGUGUUUGAUGUCUUAUCUCAACUCAAUGAGACACGUCAAUCAUUGGAAUCAACACUAAAGGAUGGAUAUUUCCUAAUGUCAAAAGCCCGAUAUUCCAUGGGGAAUAAGUCAGUGUCCACUGUGCAGUAUAAUGAGAAGGAAAUGGUGGCAAGUGCUUUGGUUGAUGUUUAUACAGAAUCUAUGUUUGAUACUGAUGCUUUUAAGUUUGAAUUAACUGGUCCUAAUGAUACAACAACAGCCGAGAUUGAUAAAGAGAAAACUGCUGUUAGGAAAAGGAACAUCAAGUCAACCGUUGAUGAUGUGACCAGGGGAAUUGAAGAAUUAAAUGUUAAGAAAGAUGAAAGUGAUUUAAAAAGCAAGGAAUCAAAGUCAAAUGAUGAUAAUACAGUUGAUCCCAUAAAAUGGUUUGGUGUUCUUGUACCACAGGCCUUAAAACAGAGUCAGGCUUGCUUCAAGAAAGUUCUAACUUCAUCAUGUGAAAUCAGUUCUCUACAAAACGAACUAAUGGCAUUAAAACACGCUUAUAAAGACAAAAUGAAGCAAAAGAUGUCUCUUCAAGCAAACAGUGCUGAAACAUGAAUGAAAAAAAACAUGAAUCAAUCAAAAGAUGUCUCUUCAAGCAAACAGUGCUGAAACAUAAUUCUGAAUUAUCAUCUUGG